AUGUCAACAAGCAAAUACAUUCAGUUAAGUUCAAAUACAGAGGAGGAAUAUGCUCCGUCCGAGGAUUCCUCGAUAUUGAUAUCGCGUCUUAAGUCUAAAGAACAAAAGCAAUCCCAGCUCCUUGUAUUCCAAUGGGUGACUCUAGCAAUCAUAUCUCUCACCUCGCUAGGACUUCUUCUCGCAGGCAACCCUCUCCAUGAGAUCUCCCUCAGCAAAAUCCCCCGCUCAUCCGCCGCGCAACUCGUCGACAAAACCGUCCCCAUACCGGACUAUCCCGGCGAAUAUGCCAACAUGAUCCGACUCAAAGUCUGGUCCGCCGAAUCCCCAACCUACGUCAACCACACCCUCGACACGGAGAUGUUCGAAAUCAGCCACAUCGACCACUGCAUUGACUCGGUGCGUCAGAGCGUAAUGUGUCAUUCGGAUAUCGCCCCGAUUCCGUGGACGUGGGAUGAGAAGAGCGGUUCCGCGAAGGGCAAGUUGACGGGUCAUCAUACUUGUCGGGAUUUUGAGGCGAUUAGGCAAUGGGCGAGAGAGCAUCAUGCGGAGAGGUUUGAUCGGAAUACUUUUGUGGAGGAUCCAUUGGGGAAUCAGUGA